CUGUGGCUCAUUCACAAUCAUCACACAGUUUCUGUCACAGAGUACCUACCUUAUUAUAACCGGAAAUGACACCUGAUUUUAAAAGUUACUCUUAAGCAUUAACUUUAAAAACAGGCAACUAUCUGUUAAUCUACAUGCUCUAUAUAUCUGAAUCUAAUCCAUAAUUUCGGUACUUGGCUUGAUUUCCCUAGUUUACUAUAUAACUUAUUUGUUUUUUUAUUAUUUUAAUAUGUUCAGUGUAUAUGGUUUAUAGAAGUUCUCAUAGGUGUCCGUCAAUAAUAUUCGUUUCUACAGUAAUUUUUAUAUAAUUUCGAAUCUAGGCAACAAUUUUUGAUGAUUAUUGGUCUUUAGGCCAAACAUGUAUGGAAGCUGAGCAAUCUCCUUUGUAAGAUUGCAUUUUUUGUUGUAGUAGUACGUGUUAUCAGGUACAGUAACGUAAAUUGCUUUUCGGGAAUAUUCCGAGAUCAAUAAAAUUGGAAGUAACAACUGUUUUCUAAAAAUGCAUUUAUGAAAAAUAAUUAUUUUCAUCGACUAUAAGGCGUUGAGCAUACGACGGGCAGAGGCGGUCAGUUCAGGACGUUCAUUCUAGUUAGGGCUGCCAUCCGUCCGGGUUUCCCCGGAUUUGUCCUAGUUUACGGGGCGUCCGGGGAGCGUCCGGGCGGGGUUUCAUUUGUAGUCCGGGUUUAAAAAUUUACGGCAACGCAUGAAAGGCCCUUGGUGCUGAAAGUGUCCAUGGGCAGUAGUGACCACUUGUUAUGAGGUAGACCGCUAGCUCUUUUGCCUAGAUCAACAUAAAAAAGUUGAUUUGUGAUAUUUUUAACUAUUUUUAUUAGUCUGUCCGGAUUCUGGGCUCCAAAAUCCGGGGUUAUCACGCGUCUUAUCCUGGUUGCCACAUUUUAGAGAUGGCAGCCCUAGUUCUAGUGAAAAAAAAUAAUAAUAAUAAUAAUAACCUAAGUCGGCCAUAAUGUGCAUGCUAUUAGUUGUUGUCGUUAGAUAAUGACCCAUAUUAUCUACAUAUUUAAGUAAUAGAAAAAUACCAUAUUAUUGACGACAGAUUCGUGACAAGUGGGUUAGGUUAGGUUAGUGUUGUGACCUGAGCUUAGCCAGCCACCUGAUAGAUAAAUAAUAAUAACAAUAAUAAAAAAUAAAAAAACAAAUAGGUACCUAUUUUUCUUCUAGUUUUCAUACUACAUACAUACAUACAUACCUAUUACUACAGAUCAUACCUACACUUCACAUACCUAUAAGAAGAGACAAGACGCGCCGUCCGGUCGGUCGCCGACAGGCAGUGAUGCCCCCCCCACCAUUCGCUACGUGCCGCGCGUCCCUCUUUCCCCCUCUCCCCGCUCGGCUACAAAAACAGUAUAUAUAUAGGAGAGGACCUAGUUCAGUAUCAGUCAGCGCGUCCGACACCGUUCGUACGUACGAUACGGUGAGGUUCGUUCAUACAUUGAUACACAGCAGCAGCAGCAGCAAGCAAGAUGACCGGUCGCGGUAAGGGAGGCAAGGGGCUCGGAAAAGGUGGAGCGAAGCGUCACAGGAAAGUUCUGCGCGAUAACAUCCAGGGUAUAUCCAAGCCCGCGAUUCGCCGUCUCGCACGCAGAGGUGGCGUCAAGCGUAUCUCCGGUCUGAUAUACGAGGAGAUUCGCGGUGUUCUGAAGGUAUUCCUUGAGGACGUCAUCCGCAACGCUGUGGCAUACACCAACCACGCAAAGAGGAAGACCGUCACCGCCAUGGAUGUCGUCUACGGUCUGAGGCGUCAAGCUCGCACCCUUUACGGUUUCGGAGGUUAAAUCUGUUGGCAGCAUCAACGAUAGCUCUUUUCUAGAAUUUAUUAAAUUAAUAAUAUUUUCAUAUGCUGAAUUAAUUUACGUAUAUAUUUAUUGUCCAUAAUGAAUUAAUAAACUUAAUAGAAAAAAUUUAGCUCAAACUUUCGGAUUUUUUUUUCUCGACAAUGACUAAAUAGUGCGCUACAACUUUAGUAUAUCAAUACACCUUUGUAUUAUUUAUUAAACCAUUGCCGUCUUGUCAUGUAAUAAAAAUUCUAGUUUCUCAGUUUUUAACCAACUAAAAUUGUUGGAAUGCAGAGAUGAUCAUAGAUAUUGUUUUUUACUUUUUUGUGGUAUACAAUUCGAAUGUAAAUUAUUACGUAUGGUACUCUCUGAAAAUGAAACAGUGAAAAUAAUGAAAUACACUGCAAAAUCAGUGAAUAUAAAACAACUGAUUCAAACAGUGGUUCAAUUUACACUACAAAAUCAAUGAAUAUUCACUGAUUAUGCAGUGAAUAUGCAAUGUAUGUCAUUAUUUUCACUGUUUCAUUUUAGAGAGUACAUUUUUGAUAAAUUAAAAACGUAUCUUCGAAGAAGGACUUGGCCCAAUAGGCUUGUGUCAACCAGCAAUAAAUCGAAUGGGUUACAGUUUCUAAAUAUGAAUUAUGAUAUACAGAUAACAAAAAAUAAAGCUAUUUAUUAUAAUAAUUAAAGAUUAUUAUUAUUUUUAGAAAAUAAAUUCGAAUAAAAUAGGCAUUUGAUCACGUGACGGCAAACACCAAUCAGAAAGACUGACGUCACCACGUGCAAAACAUUACUUGUGGUUGCCGUUUUCAUACAUUUCAUUGAUUUCUCAUUCAUGUUAUUGUUACUUUGAUACAAUUUAUCAGUUUGUUUUCAGAUAAUUAUUGAAAGGAAGCAUAAAACAUUCAUGGAAUUGGGAUUUACCGAAGCAUAUAAUAAAUUGUUAUUGUUUUAUCAAUAUAAUGCAAUAUAAUUUAUCCGGCUUGUAUAACAUUUUGAUUUCAUAGAUUAUGUUAUGCAAAAUACUUACCUACAUCAAAAUGUUCAUCACAAAAUUAUUCUUGUAUUUGUUGAUAAACAAUGAAUAGGCACCAUCCCUCCUUGCAAGUUCUAACCUUUUUUCCGCAUUUGUGGCAUAUAAAUAAUUUGCCUGGCGUUUUAUGCUUGUCCUUUUAUACUAGGACACUAAACAGUACUUGUAAUACGAUGGAUUCAUUUUUAACUAAAUAAUUUUAAUAGUCGGCGUAGAGCGUAUUGUUUGCUUUGCACGGUGUGACGUCAUUCAAGACGCCAUGACAGUCUAGAGCGUUUUCGAGGGAAAUUUGAAUACAAAAUACAUAUUGUUAAUGUAUUUUUUUUUUUAAAUAAUAUUUUUUGGGGUUAAAUAAACAUCAAGGUUUAUUAUUAACUAUUUUUUAAAACAUAGGCAACUAGCCUAUUUUACCAUGUAAGCAGGUAAUCUUGAAUGUUUUAAAUAAAUGAGACUAAUUUCGGUAGCGUUUAAUACUGUGUUUUUGUUUUCUUUUGAUAGAACUAUUGCUUACUCGGAAUUUUUAUUUUUUACAGAAAAUGAACAAACACUUCGGGACCGAGUCUCAAACAAGUCACCUCGAAUUCCUCGCAAUGCCUUCAAGCCAUUCCCCGAUCCGAGUGUACAACCAACGAAUCUAGUUGACAAAUGUAAGAAAAGGUUCACCACAAUCGCGAUGAAUGACAAGUCUAUUUUGAAAAAAUACCGCCAACAGUUAGACCCAAAAAGAUUUGCAGAAAGUGAGAAGAAAUCAUCAGUUGAAACGAUGAAUGAUGGAGGAGAAAAUGGAUCAACUUUUCCAUGUGAUCUGAAAGAGCAUAAAGUGAAUCACACCCCCGUCGCAGAAGAGAUUAAACUACGACAAGAAAAUAAUAUAAUGAAUGCUACUAUAAAACAGCCCAUUGAAAAUAAUCGAAAACUAAAUAUCCAAAAUAAUGAAAUUGAAAUAUCAUCAGAAGAAUCGAGUGAAGAUGAUGAAUCAUCUUGCGACUCAAACAAUGCCAUGCUAUUAGACAAAAAUGGAAGGAAGAUUUCAUCAUUCGCUGAUCCAGAGAAAAAAAUGCUAAAACACACUUUUGUUAUUCACCCGAAAAAGUCAACAACAAUGGCAAAAGAAGCACCGAAUGAAGGCACCAUUUUAAAAAAAAAAUACAAGAAACUAAAAAAAAAAUGUCGAUUAUUAAAGACGAUAUUCAUCGAACAGCAGAGACAGUACAGAAGAGAUUUACAAAUUCAGAAUUUUGCUCAAAGUCUGUACCAAGCUAUAAAGAAACGCUAUAAUUCAGAGGAAGAGGAUGAAUGAUCAUUAAAUUGACAGGAUUCGUGAAUAUUUAUUAUCUUAAUGGGAUAGCAUAAUCAAUACAGCAUUCAGUGUUUAAGAUUGGGCUAAACAACAACAAAUUUUUGCUCUAUUUUUAGGAGUACAAAAAGUAUAGAGUAAAUAAACCUAGUGGAUGUAAUUCGCUUCCGUAUACUUAUUUAUUCUUUGGAAAGAAAUCAAUGUUCAGCCCAUCUAUCAUUCGUACAUCGCGACAAAAAAUUCAUCCCCAUCAUCUUGAUGCGUGGCUAUCCACAACCGUGCGUUUUUGUCGAAAUUUUUUACCACGAACGACAAAACUGUGGAAUAUGUUGUCGCCAGCAGUGUUUCCGGACCAAUACGACCCAAGAACCUUCAAAAAAAGAGCGUACUCCUUCCUUAAAGGCCGGCAUCGCAUUUGUGAUACUCCUGGUGUUGCAAGUGUCCAUGGGCGACGGUGAUCACUUACCAUCAGGUGAGCCGUCUGCUCGUAUGCCCCCUAUAACAUAAAAAAAAAUCUCAACUGGGAGGUUCAAAUUUCAUUCCCGAUUCCAGAAGUGACUUUUUUCUGGAAAGAUCGUCCCUUGCAUUGUCUGGGUGACCAUGGAAUCGCGCUAUUUACAACCUGAUAUUAUUUUAGUAUAGAUAUGAUACGUUACAAUUGCUUAAUUUAAAUUUUAACAAAGAUUAAUUAUUAGCAAUUGUCUCACAUAGGUAUUUAUCGGACAACAAUUUUAUUCAGUUUUGUUUCAUUACGGCAUUGUCUUCAUACCAAAUUAAACUAGUCUUUGUUUGUAUUUCAGUUGCUAACCUAAUACCCGAAUAGAAUUUAUUUUUGGGAAAGGGUUCGCACCCAAUUCGAAUUUCCUAAGUUCAAGUUAGGCACCAAAUGGGAUACCACAUUGGGCCCAUUUUGGAAAUGUAACGCCUAUCCCUAUUAGGACCAAGUAAGAAAAGCCUAAUUAAGGCCAGUUAAAUAUAAAAACUAUGUUGAUUGAUUAUCUCAUAUUUUUUAUGAUUUUAUAUUGUUGAAAUACUAAUUAUUAAACGUUUUUUAAUCAAAUUUCCGCGAAAAUACAUAUGCUGAAAUUUGUUCCUUCGGGGAUUUUAACCUACGAUCGCUAGCUUGCUUGCAUCGUAGACCAGUGCCUUUAUCCGCUCGGCUAUUCAUCCAAUUAAAAAAAUAUUACUAUUAUAUUAAUAUGAACGAAUCCAUAUGUGAAAUAUUUUUAUAAAUCAUUAUUUACUUUAAAUCUCAAUAAUAAAUAAUGUUAAUGUUUCAAAUAUUUUCAUAUCUUUAAAUUAUUUAUUUUUUCUGAAACUACAAUAUAUUUCCAGUCAACAUAAUUCAGUUAAGGUUUAAUGAAACAAUUGUUUUUAUUAAUUCAUCUAAUAAAAAGUUAAUUAAUUAACUAUUAUUAAAAGAAAAAAAGAUAUCUGAAAGUAUUUACAUUAUUAAAAUACUUUGUUAUUGGAAUUUAAAGAAAAUACUUAAUCCAAUGUAAAUCUUUUAUAUUGUAUUGUAUUUAUAAAUGUGCUUCAUUUGGGUUUAGUUUAAGUAAUUCUAAAUUUACAUUAUUAAAAUACUUUGUUAUUGGAAUUUAAAGAAAAUACUUAAUCCAAUGUAAAUCUUUAAUAUUGUAUUGUAUUUAUAAAUGUGCUUCAUUUGGGUUUAGUUUAAGUAAUUCUUAGUUGGCCCUAAUAAUUUCCACCCCUUCUAACAUAGCCAAACAUGGGUGUCCGCGAUUACCCAGCGUUCGUAUUUAUCCCACUAUCCUCUAUAGCAAUGUCCUUCAUUAAAAUCACAUCUUCACCUUCAUACGGUAUCACAUAGACGAUAAACAGAAUGAGAAUAGAUACGGUAUGCCACUGAAUUUAAUCUUGUUUGACUACUUAAUUGAUGUCUAGAUUCCUAAAAGCUGACAUACUUCUAAUUAUAAUUCAUUGCUUACCGAUCAGCUGCUGUCUAGAGAUUGAUAAGAUAUAUUCCAUAUUUUAUCGAGAUUCUGUAUAUCUAAGGAUCAAUGUCAUGUUACUAGGUUGAAGGAAGUUAAUAAAACAAACGAUUACCCAAACCUUUAUUUUAUUCAUUACAAGUACAAAAAACUACUACCAAGCAAAAAUAACAAAUACAAAAUAAACAAUCUUAUUUUUAAUCAUUUAUCUAGAUUAUUUUUAAAAAAUGAGACCAUUUGCAAUGUACUUGAUCGCAAUUUCUAGCGAAAUAAACUUAACCCAACAAAGAAUACAAACCGAUUAGAACUAAAUGGAUUAUAAUAUUGUAAUCCAUUGCGAAUGUAUAUACAUUCGAAAAGCAACAUGUAUCUACUUUGGAAAACACUGUGCAAAAAUUAACGAUAAGACAGCUGGUGGUUUCAUGACGGUUUAGUAAAAAUGAGUUUUUAUACUUUAACAUUGGAAUGGUGGCAGGAGUGUUCUUAAAACAGACCAAAUGAACCCAGACUCGAGGGAUCUUUUUGGUAACAUUGAAGAAUUCACUAUUCACCUCCUGGCUUCAUUAUCAGACUGGCUCAAUGAUAUCAGAUUAUUGUAUUGUCAUCCAAAUUACAUACACUUACCAAGUUUUGAAUCAAUAUGAGAAUAAGAAGUAGAUUGAAUUCGACUUUCCAGAUUUGUUUACCUAGUUAAUUACAAGUGAGGCUAAUAUAAGUGUGUUAAAAUAUGAUAAGUUUUGACUCGUUUGCCAUAAGCUCCUUAAAGAUAUGAAAUCAUCAACAGAUCAAGAUCUGUAUUGAGAAUAAUUGUAAUAAUCAUAAAAAUGUAUUGUACAUAAUUAUUUAUAAGUGUUAUUAAUGGUAGUUGCACUUUAAAUACCUUCCACAAAGACACCAUCUACUUCCCACUCCUUAUAUAAAAGUCCAGUUAACAUACGGUUGCCUGGAAGAAAUUGCUUCUUAGCGAUAAGGCCGCCGUUUGUACUGUUAUGUAAUAGUUUUAAUUAAUUGUCCUUUGAAAUAUCAUGGUGUACAAUAAAGUGAUCAUUCAUUCAUUCAAAAAUGAGUGUAGAAGAUUAUUUGAGUUCAUGUUGUACUUUUUUCAAUAAAAGUUUUAAUCUAAUGUCUUAAAGUAUUUUUAUUUCAUAUUAAUUUACCUCUGGCCAUUUACACUUACAGUAGCAAUAUUUUUUUAUUGUUCAAAUCGUUAAAUUUAACACACACUUCUGGACAAGACUGUACCUAUGUUGAAACGACUGUUUGACAGAUAAAAAGAAAUGAACAUAUUUAAAUAAAACAAAUGACAUUUAAGAUUUUCUCCCACAAAACGAUUUUCUAAGUUUAGCAAAAAUUAUAAGUGAUUGGGUAAUUGUGCCAGUGAGAGUAUUAAAAGACCCGGAGUAAUUUUUUUCGUUGUCAUAUUUUUAUUUUAUAAAAUAAUCUUUGAGAACAAGAAAAACUAUCGAUAUUGUUAAUUAAAGAAAACUAAAAUAUCGAUACCGAACUUUCCCUAGUUACGAUUACUUGUGAUUGUCAUUAGUGUGCGUAGGUGAAAAAAUAUAUUUGUAGGCGAUUGUAACAAUACAAGUAACUAGGCUGUGGGAGAUUAUUUUAAUGUAGUGGUUUACCUCGUCCCCCUCAAAAAGUGACAGACUUUGCACUGAGUAAAAUUAGGCGCGUACUUAGUCCAGUGGUUUAAUGGUCUAAGUUUUCAUUCCUUAUUAAGCAUGACAAGGACAAACUGUUGUCAAGUGAAGGGCCGGCAUUGAACUCGUUACUCUGUGGUUGUGGUGCAUGCAGUUUGUAUUUGUAGUAAUCUGUGGCAUUCGUGCAUUCCAAAGGGUACGGCCAGAGUGCACUCAGAUUCAGAUUCAG